AUGACGUCGCAGUGCCUCGUUCUCUUGGCGCGCGCGCCGCAUUGCCUGCCAGCGCCUGCGAUCGCGGCCGCCCUGGCCGCGUGCAUGCCAAUUAAGAAAGCCAAGGCCAUGGCCAAGCCCAAGCAGACCGCCCUCGAUCACGGCGCUCUGAAUCGCACGCUCACUUCCCUGAGGUGCCAGACCAGCGCCGCCGCCAAGGGCGAGGAAAAGAAGAAGGCCGCCAAGGAAGCCCAGGCGAAGCGGAACUCUCUUGUGAACGCCGAAGAUAAGAAGCGCUUCUUGAAGAUGGACAAGUAUCUCAUCCCCGCGCAGAUCCUCAAGGGGAAGGACUACUCUUUCAUGGAUUUCGACACCCGCAGGGAGGCCGUCGAGCUUGCAGUCACUUUGCACGAAGAGAACCGAAAACAGUUCGACACCGAGGAGGCGAAUCCCCCGCGCAUUCAUGACACGAACGAGGAAUUGAGCAGAUGUUUCUUCGCGGCGGACGAGGGGCAUCAGAAGUCCUGGAAGCAGACCCAGUCCAAGAAGAUCUCUGGCGGCACGGAUGUGAAGAACGGGGCGCAGCUCCUGAGCGUGCGCGACAGCAUGGGCGCCCCGUUGGCAGCAUCAGCGUCGUCAUCCGACUCGAAUGUGCAGAUCAAGGGCGAGGGCCCCGCGAUCCCCGAGGUGAAGGAGGCGGCGAAACUUCUAAA